CUGUGCCUUCCCUAUGGGGUGUUUCUUAUCAAGAGCCCUUUCCCCUCCCUGGCGUGCAGGGGCUCUGUGGGGCUAGGAAGGUGGGAAGGCAUUUUGUUUACUCUUGAUGUAGAGGCACAGUGGCAGUUCUUGGUAGAUGUCAUGUUCCUCUCUAUAUGAUCUCAUAGGGCUGAGCCCUGAAGUCAAAUCGGCUAGUCCCUUGGCCUGCUUGGUCUGGGGUUUCUCUGGACAUAGAAUUUAUACUGUUCAAAGCAGCCAGUCAGAGCUGGCAGGAUGGCUCAGAAGGUACAGGCAUUGGCUGUCAAGCCUGAGGGCAUUUGUUCGGUCCCUGGGUCCCACACAGUGGAAGGAAAUAAACGACUCCCACCUCAGUUGUCCUCUGACCUCCACACCUCUUGCACAGCACAUAUAUGGACACAAAUGCAUACAUCUAUAUGUUUUAAAACUAAAAACAGCCAGCCACACCUUGCCCUCCGCUCACUUGGCUGUUACUCUGCCAGCUGCACAAUCCCUAGGCAAGACCUGGGUGCCCAGCCACUGCAGAAGUCCCAUCGAAGCUGUGUGCAACUUUGUGUGUGACUGUGGAGACUGUUCAGAUGAAGCCCAGUGUGGUUUCCAUGGUGCUUCAGCUACCCCAAGCAUGAGCAUCCCUUUCACCUGCAACUUUGAGCAGGACCCCUGUGGCUGGCAGGACAUCAGCACCUCAGGCUACAGCUGGCUUCGAGACCGGGCAGGGGCAGUGCUGGAUAGUCCUGGGCCUCGUUCUGACCAUACACAUGGCACUGACUUGGGCUGGUACAUGGCUGUGGGAACCCACAAUGGGAAGGAGGCAUCCACUGCGACUCUGCGUUCCCCUGUCAUGCGUGAGGCAGCUCCUACCUGUGAACUGAGGCUCUGGUACCACACAGCCUCUAGAGAUGUUGCUGAGCUGCGGCUGGAGCUGACCCAUGGUGUAGAGACACUGACCCUGUGGCAGAGCUCAGGACCCUGGGGUCCUGGCUGGCAGGAGCUGGCAGUGAACACUGGCCGUGUCCAGGGUGACUUCAAAGUGACAUUUUCUGCCACCCGAAAUGCCACACACAGGGGUGCUGUGGCCUUGGAUGAUGUGGAGUUUCGGGACUGUGGGCUACCCAGUCCUCAGGCCAGCUGCCUCCUGGGGCACCACCACUGCCAGAACAAGGCUUGUGUGGAGCCCCACCAGCUGUGUGACGGGGAAGAUAACUGUGGAGACAGAUCUGAUGAAGACCCGCUCAUCUGCAGCCAACACAUGGCCACUGACUUUGAGACAGGCCUGGGACCGUGGAACCAGUUGGAGGGCUGGACCCGGAACCACAGUGCUGGCAGCAUGGUGAACCCUGCCUGGCCCCACCGAGAUCACAGCCGGAAUAGUGCAUAUGGCUUUUUCCUGGUCUCUAUGGCCAAGCCUGGCACCACGGCUGUCCUCUUGAGCCCUGAGUUCCAAGCCUCAGUCCCCUACAACUGUUCGCUCACCUUCUAUUACUACCUGCAUGGGUCUGAGGCCAGCCGCUUCCAGCUGUUCCUGCAGGCACAGGGGCUCAACACCCCCCAGGAUCCUGUCCUGCUGCGGAGCCACCAUGGAGAGCUGGGGACAGCCUGGGUCAGAGACCGUGUUGACAUUCAAAGUGCCCAUCCAUUCAGGAUCCUUCUCACUGGGGAGACUGGUCCAGGAGGCAUCGUGGGCCUGGACGACCUCAUCAUGUCCAAUUACUGCAAACUUGUCCCAGAUGUGUCCACAAUGCAAUCACGUUGUGGAUCUGAGGCAUUAGCCCUCUGUCCCCAGACAUCCAUGGAGCUGCCUCAGGAAGCCUGUGAGCCUGGACAUCUCUCCUGUGGAGAACUGUGUGUGGCCCCGGAGCAGCUGUGUGAUUUCCAGCAGCAAUGUGCAGAGGGCGAGGAUGAACAGAAGUGUGGCACCACAGACUUUGAGUCCGCCUCUGCUGGGGGCUGGGAGGACACGAGUAUAGGAAGGCUGCAGUGGCAACGGGUUGCAGCCCAGAACAGGAAGCUUGCCAGGGAUGCUGACCGGGAUGUUCCUGGGCACUUCCUGUCUCUACAGAAGGCCUGGGGGCAGCUAAGAUCUGAGGCCCGGGCUCUCACACCUGCCCUGGGCCCCUCAGGCCCUCGCUGUGAACUCCACAUGGCUUACCGUUUUCACAGUCAUCCCCAAGGCUUCUUGGCACUGGUUGUGGUGGAGAAUGGCUUCCGGGAGCUGGUGUGGCAGGCCCCAAGCAGCAGCAGCAGCAAGGGCUGGACCGUGGAGAAGGUUCUUCUUGGGGCACGGCACCGGCCAUUCCAGCUAGAGUUUGUGGGUCUGGUGGACUUGGAUGGCCCUGGCCAGCAGUGGGCUGAGGUGGAUAAUGUGACCAUGAGAGACUGCAACCCCACAGUGACCACCGAGAGUGACCAAGAGGUCUCCUGUAACUUUGAACGGGACUCCUGCAGCUGGCACCCAGGCCACCUCACAGAUGCCCACUGGCACCGUGUAAAAAGCCAUGGUUCCGAGUACGACCACACCACUGGUCAAGGCUUUCUCAUGUUCCUGGAUCCCACAGACCCACCUGCUCGUGGACAAGGUGCCCUCUUACUCACAAGACCCCAGGUGCCGCUUGUCCCCAAGGAAUGUCUCAGCUUCUGGUACCACCUGUAUGGGCCCCAGAUUGGGACACUGCGCCUGGCCAUGAAGAAGGAUGGGGAGGAAGACACACUACUGUGGUCCAGGUCAGGCACCCAUGGUAACCGCUGGCACCAGGCUUGGGUCACUCUUCACCAUCAGCUAGAGGCUAGCACCAAGUACCAGCUGCUGUUUGAAGGCCUCCGGGAUGGGUACCAUGGCACAAUGGCCCUGGAUGACAUGGCUGUACGGCCAGGCCCCUGCUGGGCCCCCAAGAGCUGUUCCUUUGAAGACUCUGACUGCGGCUUCUCUCCAGGGGGCUUGGGGCUGUGGAAGCGCCAGAGUAAUGCCUCAGGCCAUGCUCCUUGGGGUCCUUGGACAGACCACACCACAGAAACAGCCCAAGGGCACUACAUGGUGGUAGACACCAGCCCAAAUUCACUGCCCAAGGGUCAUGUGGCCUCUCUGACUUCAGAGGAGCACCAGCCCCUGACCCAGCCUGCCUGCCUGACCUUCUGGUACCAUCUGAGCCUCCAUAACCCAGGCACCCUGAGGGUACACCUGGAAGAGAGCACAAGGCGCCAGGAGCUCAGCAUCAGUGCCCAUGGUGGAUUUGCCUGGCGUCUGGGCAGUGUGAAUGUGCAGGCUGGGCAGACCUGGAGGGUAGUGUUUGAGGCUGUGGCUGCAGGUGUGGAGCAUUCCUACAUGGCUCUGGAUGACCUUCUCCUCCAAGAUGGGCCCUGUGCUCAGCCAGGGUCCUGUGACUUUGAAUCCGGGCUGUGUGGGUGGAGCCACCUUGCUUGGCCCAGCCUAGGUGCAUACAGCUGGGACUGGAGCAGCGGAGCCACCCCAUCCCGCUACCCCAAACCCACAGUGGACCACACCCUAGGCACAGAGGCAGGCCACUUUGCUUUCUUUGAAACCAGUGUGCUAGGUCCUGGGGGCCAAAAAGCCUGGCUUCGCAGUGAGCCACUGCCAGCAACUACAGCGUCAUGCCUCCACUUCUGGUACUUCAUGGGCUUUCCUGAGCAUUUCUAUAAGGGUGAGUUGAGAGUGCUCCUGAGCAGUGCCCAAGGCCAACUAGCUGUGUGGGCCCAGGGCGGGCACUUGCGGCACCAGUGGAUACACGUCCAGAUCGAAGUGUCCAACUCUGAGGAGUUCCAGAUUGUUUUUGAAGCCACUCUGGGUGGCCAGCCAGCUCUGGGGCCCAUUGCCCUCGAUGACGUGGAGUACUUGGCAGGGCGGCACUGCCAGCAGCCUCCACCUAGCCAGGGUGAAAGGGCAGCACCUGUGUCUGUGCCUGUAGCUGUUGGGGGGGCCCUCCUCUUCUUCAUGUUCCUGGUGCUCCUGGGCCUUGGGGGUCGGCAUUGGCUACAGAAACAGCGCUGCCCCUUCCAGAGGAGUACAGAUACAGCAACCUCUGGUUUUGACAAUAUCCUCUUCAAUGCGGAUCAAGUUACCCUCCCGGAAUCUAUCACCAGCAGCUCAUAGACCAGACAAGGCCUGGCCCCUCAUGCCAACUCGCACAGCAUUCGGCCCUCACAGAUACCCAAGCUUCUACAGCUCUUCCUCCGUCUGGUGGCUUUGCCCUCUG